AUGCAAGAUGGACGACCUGAAUUGCCUAGACCUUAUAAGUGCCCUCUAUGUGACAAGGCAUUCCAUCGGUUAGAGCAUCAGACUAGACACAUACGUACUCACACUGGGGAGAAGCCUCAUGGUUGCAACUUUCCUGGGUGCUCAAAGCGGUUCAGCCGUUCUGAUGAGCUUACAAGACACUCUCGAAUCCAUACAAACCCUAACUCUCGAAGAAGCAACAAGAACCAGCAAGCUGCCCUUGCUGCUGCUGCUCAGGCACAGCACGAUGGUUCAGCUAUCUCCACAACUGGUAAGAUGAUGCCGCCUCCACCGAAAAUCAUUUCAAAAUCGGCUCCUCCAUCCCACGUGGGCUCUCCCAAUGUCUCGCCCCCUCACUCAUAUCAUGGAAUGCACGCACCAUCAAUCCAUUCGGGGCUAUCGCCUUUUGGAAGGGCCUCGAGCAGUCCUUCCCUCGGUGGGAUGAGUAACCAGCAGGGAAACUCUGGGUUGGAUCUGAGCAUGUUGGCCCACACUGCUUCCCAGCAACUGGAGCGUGAGAGGCAUUAUUAUCCUCAGCAGCACAAUAACUAUUACGGAAGCCGUCCCGCACUUCCGGCGCUGUCUCAUGGCACCCAGCCGAUGUCUCGGUCUCACUCACACGAGGAUGAUGAUCCGUACAUAUCUCAUCGCUCAGUCAAAAAAUCUCGCCCUAGUUCCCCGGUCUCAACUGCGCCCUCAUCACCCACUUUCUCCCAUGAUUCAUGUUCUCCUACACCCGAGAGCACCCCGCUUGCUACUCCAGCACAUUCUCCUCGACUAUACCCACGCGACCGCGACCUCGAGUACAACAUGCAGCUGCCCAGCAUCCGGCACUUAUCAUUGAGACACAUGCCUGCUCUUGCGCCCAUGGAGGUGGCUGAUCCCUACAAUGCGGGAAGCCCUCCCGUUCAGUCUGCACAUCAGACAAAGGGACUCAGGCUGGGUGAUAUCAUCAAUCGUCCUGACGGUGCUCAGAGGAAGCUCCCAGUUCCCAGAGUUCACGUUCAUGAUCUUCUCAAUAACACUUCCAGCAUGGGAUACUCAUCAACUUCAUCGUCGACGUCAAAUUCGAUAGCCGGAGGGGAUUUAGCCGACAGGAUGUAA